AUGGAAGAGCCGACAACAAGCGAAUUGAAGAUAUCUGAGAAUGUCAUGAACGAAAUAAAGGACAUGUGCAUUACGGAGUACUGCAAACCGAACAUGAGCCUCAUUGCUCAAAUCAAUGAAUUAUUUCCAACGGAACAAUCACUUACUCAGUUAGACUCGGUGAUUGCCGCGGUGGAAGGAGAGAUAAGCGAGUUAGAUAAUGAAUUGGCUUAUCUUGUGGAAACGAAUGCGAAUGUUAGUGAACGAGGCGAAGAAGCACUGAAACUUGCCCACGAAGCAAUGAUUGAACUGGAAAAAAGUAUAGGAAGCAUCCGAGAAAGAACGAAAUCGUCGGAUGAUAUUGUUCGAGAGAUGACACGAGAUAUCAAACAGCUCGAUAUUGCCAAACGAAAUUUGACAGCUUCAAUAACAACUUUACACCAUCUUCAUAUUCUUCUCACCGGUGUCGAGUCUCUUGGUGCUUGGGUUGAUAAAAAAGAUUAUAGUUCGAUUGCUCGUCAACUUCCUGCAAUUCUCAAUGUGCUUCAGUUGUUUGAUGCUUAUAAAGAAUCAGAACAAAUAGAAAACCUUUCGGAACAAUUAGACAAAUUGAAAGCUAGUCUGACAAUACAAUUGGCAAGAGAUUUAAAAAACGCUUUUCAAACAGGACAACUCAGUGACAGGAUUACUGAUAUGUGUCGAGUGGCAGCAGCAUUGGAAGGAAACGUCAAGGAGAACUUUGUGAAAUGGUUUAUCGAACAACAACUGAGUGAAUAUUGUAUUAUUUAUGCUGACAAUGAGGAAGGUGCAUGGCUGGAUAAGGUAGACGACAGAUACAAAUGGUUCGUUCGAAAGUUAACGGAUUUCGAACGAGCGGGUUUGUCAAAAAUAUUCCCAACUGAUUGGCAUAUGGGAAGACGACUGACAAGUGAAUUCUGUGUUGUAACUAGAGAUAUUUUAUAUAGAAUUAUGACAAGGAGAAGACAAGAUCUUGACUGGAAAUUGCUGGGCCAUGCAAUUCAACACACGAAGAUGUUUGAAGCUCUUUUGACAAAACGGUUCCCCGAAAAAGAUGGAAUCUCAUUCGACAAAGCGAUUUGGAGUGUGUUCGAUCCAUUUCUUGAUGUUUUUAUCAAUGCUCAAGAGAAAACUCUUAACGAAUUUUUGGAUACAUGUGCCAGUAAAAUUCGGUCCGGAGAAGAAAAACCGAAUCGGGAAUCAUCUACUCACGCAGUUCCAUUCCCAUCUUCUGCUGAUAUGUUCCUUCUUCUGAAGAAAGUUAUAACGGAAUCUAGCAAGUUGAGCAGUGAACCUGAUGCAUUGAUAAGAGACGUGAUAGGCGUAGUUCGAGUUUGUCUCCGUGGAUACGCAACUUCCUGUUUGAUUGCAUUUCUCCCAUCUCUUGGAUCUCAACAGUCAGGAGCAGCUAAUCUAUUUAGUUUAAUUAGAGAAGAAGUCGCUUAUCCAAGGCUAACCCCAGAUCAACAAUUUCUCGUUUCUUGCAUUCUAGCAACUGCUGACUGGUGUGCUGAAACAUCUAUUCAACUACAGGAAAAGUUGUCACAACGGAUUCCUGGGGUUGAUAUUUCACAAGAAACUGAAUCGUUUUAUUCAAUUACAAAUCAAUCGCUUCUCGUUUUAGUUCAAGAUGUCGAGUCAACUUGUGAUGCUGCGUUACAAUCGAUUAGUAAAGUAAAUUGGACAGCAGUAGACUGUGUUGGUGACGAAUCUCCUUUCAUAGGCGCGAUGAGAGCGCAUCUUCGUCAAGCGGUUCCUUUGAUUCGAGAUAUGCUGUCCGAUCGCCGUAAAUAUUUUGCUCAUUUCUGUCUGAAACUUGCCACUCAACUCGCUCAUAAGUUUGUUGGUUCCUUGUUCCGAUGCCGUGCCAUAAGUACUCACGGAGCUGAGCAAUUGCUGCUAGAUACUCAUUCUUUGAAGACAUUUCUGUUAAGUGUGCCGUCAAUUGAUAGUGUCAUCAAUUCGAAACCACCAACAGCCUAUGUUUCCAGUGUUGUCAUGUGCAGUUUAGAAACGGUAGAUGAGUUCGUGGAGCAGUAUAUCAAGUUGUUGCCAGCAUCGGAUGCGGCGGAAAUGCAAAAAGUUUUGGAAAUGAAAGGAGUUAAAAGGCAGGAACACUCUGCGGUUCUCAAUGCCUACCGUAUCAAGAUAGGAGCAUCUGGAUCCGAAGCAGCUCCACAAUCUAGUAGUCUCACUUCUCGAAUCGGAGGAGCACUCCCGACUGUAGGAAGUGCCGCUUCCGUUUCUGAAGCAUUCAAUGCAGUCGUGUCGAUGGCCGCUGAUGGAUUGUCAGACCAAACUGUCACUUCAUCUAUUGAUAAACUCAAAAGAUUCGAAAGACUAGUCAAGAGACAAUUGUGA